AUGGGUUUCUUUGCCAAGAAAAAGAAACAGAGCGAUCCCGAAAACCCCGAUUACGGUGCCACCUACAAUCUCAGCGACGACGAUGAUCUUCCCGUCGCCACCAUGGUGACCGAUAUGCCCCCGGCAACGGCCCCAAUGCAGCAGCAGCCUUCCUUUCAGCAGCCUACACCUCCUCCUCCUCAACAUGCCAAGCCAGUCAAUCAGCAGCAGCAGGCACAGAUUGCCACGAUGUCUACAGUCUUUCUCACCAGAGCACCGACUCUCAUGCAGCCAUGUCCCUGUUGUCAAGCCCAUGCCAGAACCAGAGUCGUCACAUUUCCCAACUGGGUCACAUGGUCGCUCUGUGCCAUUAUAUUUCUCAUUUGUUGGCCACUCUGUUGGCUGCCUGUCGUAUUAACAAAGGUAAAAAUUCAAACAUCGAAUCUAAAUCUUCCAAGUCUGUUUUGA